AUGUCCCCGCCCGGCGGCGACAUGGAGAGCAUCGCCGCCGUCGCGGAGAGAGUGCGGCGUUACGUGAACGACGCGAUGGAGGAGGUCGCAGAGAGGGCGCACGGCGCGUCGGCCGAGACGGAAUCGAUCCGCGCGUCGCUCGUGGCGAUCAACGCGGACCUCGAGGCGGAGGUGUCGUCGCUCGAGGACGCGCUGAGAGCCGCGGAGUCGAAAGAGGCGGCGUCCACGAGCGCGUACAGGGCAAUAAAGGCGGAGCUCGACGAGCUCAAGGACGCGAUCGAGCCCAGGGAGCAGAAGCUGCGAGCGGAGCUAGAUCUCUGGAAGCAAUCGAGCGUGCGGUACCGAAAACGAUUCGAGCACGCGGAGGCGGAGAUCAGACGCGCGCGCGGGGGGCACGCCGUCGAGGGCGUUCGCGCGCCCGUCAGGGGCGCCGGGGGAGGGGCGACGAAGUCGCCGUCGGUCUCUCCCGCGGCCGCCGCCCCCGCCGCCGCCGCGGCGACGACGACGGAGAGGGGCGCGUCCGACGCCGUGGCGGCGGCGGCGGCGGAGCGACCGACGGCGCCGCCGUCGCCGACGCGUCGGAAGCGCGCGCGCGCGCCGUCGCCGCCGGCGCCGACGACCGCGCCUGGACCGUCCGCGCCGCCGCCGCGCGCGGGAACGGGAGGAGGGGGAGGGAAGUGGAGGAAGACCGGCGCGCUCGCGAACGAGGCGUCGCUCAGAAGGAGCGGACGACGAACGUCCACGGCGGCGGCGCAAGGUUUGUGGGGCGGCGGCGGCGGCGGCGGCGGCGGCGACGCCGACGGAGGGAAGCACGUCGAGGGCGCGCUCGCGGAGGAGGACCGGACGCUGUUCAAGAUCGCACCGAGGCGGAAGGACGACGUCGAGGGCGACGCGCGCGGAGGACCCGGGGACGACGCCGACGCCACGGCGCGCACGACGCGCGACGCGGGCGCGCGCGGCGGUUUCCUCCGCGCUCGCGACGUCAACGCCGCGCCCCCGGGCGUCAAGUACUCCGAGGUGGUUCGCAACAAAGCCGAGCGCGCGCUCCUGCCGAGCUUCACGUGCGAUGAGUGCGACGCGUUCUACGGCGCGAACUCGUCGGUGAGACGCCCGGGCGGGGCGUGCACGCACUGCCCGGGCCCGGGGGACGUGUCGCGGCACCGCGCGAAAUGGGCGCCGCCGCCGGCGCCCGCGGGAUACUGGAACCUCGGGUUCGGGACGCAAGGGGACGAGAAGCGCGCGUCGGGGUAG